AUGAUUCUCGGCCGCCUUGGUGGCAGGGCGAUCUUCUCAUUUUGGGGUACAGAUUCCUUUACCUUUCUUCAAGGACUUACGACCAACGACAUAUCGCUACUAGACAACGCCAAGAAAAGACUUAUAGGCUGUGUCUUUCUUGGGUCUGAUGGAAGGAUACAGGCGGAUGGCCUGGUCCAUAGGAGGGAGAAUGGGUAUAUGGUCGAGAUUGGGACAGGCAACCUGGAGGCUUUCACUAAACUUGUAAGAAGGAGAAAGUUGGCAGCGAAGGUUGAAUAUCGCCUUGAACAAGAAAGCAUCGUAUAUGGAUAUACUCCCAGGAAAAUUGUCAGGAGGGUCUCUCCAACCGAACCUGAGGCCACGCAGCCAACCGACGCGUCGCUGCAUGUAACUCAAUACACUGCUGACUUACAUUUGUUGAACAGAAAAUACGCGUUCAACGAACCGAUAAGUGAGGCACCAGACCUGACGAUGCCACAUAGACUCCAUCUCGCCCUUAAUGGAUUUGGUCUCACGCUGGUGAAAGAUCUGAGCUCUCUCAAAAUACUCCCACAGGAUUUGGCUUUGCACAAAAUGGGGUUCAUCGCGAAAAACAAAGGGUGCUACGUGGGACAAGAGAUCAUGAAUCGAAUCCUAAACAAGACCUUGAUGCACAAGUACCAACUCCAUUUCCUCCUACGUCGAGAUCACAUAGACGCGCCAUUGGACGAAUCCUCAAGCGAAUCGUUUUGCACAGAUGCCACAUUUUAUAGGACCCUUGAUCGACACUUCGGAGGACCCAAGGCCGCAAGCAUUCUUCACCGCGUGGUGAACCAAGAAACCACCGAGCAACCGAUGGCAACAACAGAUGCAAAAAUAAUCCCUUUAGUCUACUAUUCCACGGGUUUUGGACUUGGAUUGAUACCACAAAGAAGCAUGUCGAAGAAUAAUUUUAUCAUAAAUGAAUUGGAACACAUCUCUCUUUCGGUUCUGCCUUCGACAUCUCAUAAGCAGCUUUGA